AUGCAGACACCCACACCUCAUUCCAUAAAAUAUCUUUCUUCUUGUCCUGAUAAUCUCAAUCCCAAAGUAUAUCAGAAAUUAUCUUGCUCUCUCGUUCAUUAUCUAUCUAUCUAUCUAUCUAUCUAUCUAUCUCAGUCCUUUUCAUAUCUAUCUAUCUAUCUAUCUAUCUAUCUAUCUAAUUCUGUUCAUAUCUAUCUAUCUAUCUAUCUAUCUAUCUAUCUAUCUAUCUAUCUAAUUCUGUUCAUAUCUACGGCAGUCUGUUAUCUACCUAUCUCAGUAUGGUCACUAUCUAUCUAUCUAUCUAUCUAUCUAUCUUACUCAGUCCUUUUCAUCUAUCUAUCUAUCUAUCUAUCUAUCUAUCUAUCUAUCUAUCUAUUUUACUCAGUCCUUUUCGUAUCUAUCUAUCUAUCUAUCUAUCUAUCUCAGUCCACUUCAUAUCUAUCUACCUAUAACACUCUGUUCCUAUCUCUCUAUCUACAGAUUAAACAGGUGUGUGGGGGAAUUCUAUCUAUACAUCUAUCUAUUUUCCAUUUUUCCACUAUCUAUUUAUCUAUCUAUCUAUUAAUAUCUAAAUCUAUCUCACAUCAAAUGCAUCUAACUAUCUAUCUAUCUAUCUAUCUAUCUUUUCUCACAACAUACGUGUUUUUCCAUUCGGAAAACAGGCACAUUUCUCUCUCUCUCUCUUCUCCCGUUUCCUGGCUUUUUUUUUUUUUUUUUUUUUUUGAACAAAUUCUCUUACACAUGACGAUUUUCUUUUUUUUUGUCUUUGUGUCUGCAACGAGCGGGAAAAAAAAGUGGGGAUCCACGUUUUCUCUCAAUUAUUGCAAUCUUCUUUUUUUAAUGCCUUAUACUACCUUCUUCUUUUACCUCUUCUUUCCUUUCUCCUCACUAAAAGUCUUCUCAUUCUUUUUCCUUUCCCUUGCAGUAUUUCCCCUUGCGUCUUUUCUGUUUUUAUUGCCAUCUUUUUAUGUCUUCCUCCUUUUUCCAACCUUUUCUUUUAUUGUUCUUUUCUCCUCACUAAUCUUCUCUCUUUCUAAAACCUUUUCCCAUUGUUCUUUCCCCUUUGCGUCUUAG